CUUGUUAUCGCGUGAAAGGGGGAUGCUGAUUGACAGGGGGUACUUUAUGAAGCAUCGAAAUUGACUCAAAUAUCCCUAAGUGUGGCGUCACAUUCUAGGAAUAAUAGGGAGGAAAAAGAAUUGAAGAAAGUAGAUCAUGUUGGACCGACUUCUCGGACAUUCACCGGGAUAUAACUGCACGGUUCCGGAUCAUAUACUAGGACAAUAAAACUGGGAAGAGAUCAAUGCAUUGUCUAAGGUUCAACAUCCAUUAAGAUGAUGACAAGCGAUUUCUGAGCAGCCACGGAGCGAUAAGACUAUCAGAAACUAGCCAUCUUCCUGCACUCGGAGCACAAGAUUUUUAAUUGCAGACCGAAACAUGGAACCAUACAAUGGGACUAUGAUUUACAAUGAUCUUUUCAAUGUUACAACGUACGACAUUCGAUUGGACAAUAAUUCCGAUACUUCGUUGACAUGUCCAGAAAAAUCAAAUGAUAAUGGAACGGAAUUGACAGGGUUGUACAAAUUCAAUGUUAUGUAUGCAGGAGUUCACGGUUAUCUAAGUGUAGUGGUGUGCCUUUUUGGAAUCGUUGCAAAUAGUGUUAACAUUGUCGUUUUAACAAGAAAAAAUAUGCUGUCCUCGACAAACGUGUUACUCACGUGGCUUGCAGUGGCAGAUCUUUUCACCAUGCUGAGUUAUUUCCCCUUCGCUCUUCAUUUUUUCAUCUUUAAAGAACCUGAAUUGUUUUAUUUUACGACACGUUACUUCGGGUGGAUAUGUUUCCUGCUUUUUCAUGCCAGCUUCAGCAUCGUUUGUCAUACCGUGGCUAUUUGGUUAACAAUAGCAUUGGCCAUAUUCCGAUUCUUGUACAUUUGGUUUCCCACAAGGGGUGCGACAUAUUGCUCUCUUGCAAAGGCCAGACUUGCUAUAACCUGUACUAUUGUAUCAACUAUCAUAUGUCUUGUCCCAAAUUACAUCAUCAAUGUGAACGGACAGAUGUUAUAUUGCGAUCCCAAGACGAACACAAACGAAACUAUCCACACCAUUGAAUACCGUGUAGGUGGGGUGUUUGGCAUUUUAGAAAAACUAAAUUAUUGGGUACAAGCAAUUUUUGUGAAGCUUAUUCCGUGUGUAAUGCUUACUAUUCUAACCGUCCUGCUAAUUGUAGCAAUGCACAAGGCUUACAAGAAAAGGAUGGCUCUCAAAAAUCAGGGGAAAAAGGACGAGUCGGACAAACAUAACGAACACAACAGAACAACACUGAUGUUGUUCACCGUUGUUGUCCUAUUUCUGAUUACAGAGUUCCCGCAAGGUGUGUUAACUCUAAUGAGCAGUUUCAAUAAAGAGUACCAUCGAGAAAUUUACGAAAAUUUAGGGAACCUUCUCGACAUGACGGCUCUGUUGAACAACUCUAUCAAUUUCGUCCUGUACUGUACCAUGAGCAGACAAUUUCGCCAUACAUUCAUUAGUAUAUUUUGUAAGUGUUGUCCAGAUAAGAAGCCCGGAUGGAGAAAAAUGGGAGUCGUAAGUACGGAGAAAAAUGGAUUCGCCACUGUUACAACACAUGUGUGACAUCAUAUUCCAAAAAUGAACUUCGUACGGAAGAAAAUCAAUUAAAAUUGCUUUGUGACGAGUGGUAUCUCGUAAAAGCAUUUUCACAUUUCCAUAUUUAAAUUUCCUCAGAUCCCUGGAUUUACAUACCCCAGGACAUCGAAACACUGGUGCAGAGAAAGUGACUGAUGACAAUGCCAAGUUAGUUGGACAUCUGCGUUCUGAUUGUAACGAAACUUGUCCAUUUGCACGUGAUAUUACUUUAUAUUUUAAUUUACUUAACACUAUCGUAGAAUCAUGAAAAAAAGAAAAAAAAUCUGCAUGUUACAUAGCUGCCAAACAACUAGCUAAUAAUAAUUUUUACACAAAGUAUUGCAAUUUAUUACAAAUUAUAGCACGUUUUAAGAAGUAUGUUUUCUACUUGUCUACAUAUUUAUGUCGAUGCUAGAUUCCUACAUAAACAUGUAGAUCAGUGUCAGAAUUUGAACAAACCAAUUUCAUUUAACACUAAAAUGAAAGUUUACAUAAUGAGCAAACCGAUUCUUAAAACUCUGCAAUUAGUACCGGUGAAUGUAGUUUUUAAUUUUUUGUAAAUAUCAUGUUUUGUAAAAUUCUUUUUUGAUAAUCUUAGUCCUGAAAUACAUGUACUUCAUUUUUUCCCCUUUGAAAAUGCCAAAAGCGAUGGCAGUUAUGAGCAUUUAGAUUUAGUUCUCACCGAUUUUCAAAAACGUUAACUAUCUCAAAAAGUCUGUGAACCUAAUUUUCCCCCCUUGUGCAAACUCUUAAAAAUACCUCUUCAUAACAAAUGUAUAAAUAAUUAACAUGCGCCUAUUAAUAGUUAAGAAUGCAGUUUCCCGUUUCUGAUUUAAUUUAAUUUAAAGAAGAGUUUAUUUUUUUUAAAAGAUCGAUCCCUUAACAAUGAGUUAUUUAAUUUUUUUAAGCUAAAAAGUAUGUUGCUAUGAAUGAUUUAUUGUGCCAGGUUGUUUUUGUUCGAUCUCCGAUCUGUUGAUUGUUCGUAAGUGUAAUUUUACUUUGUGAAUGAAAUUGUAAAUAUUUUUAGCUAAUCAGCCCCCCACACAUAAGUAGUAAAUUGUAUAUAUACACAUUGUCUUGCGGUGUUGUAUCUGGUAUCUCGGUUCGAUUCCCCUAUUUUAGCUUUAGAUAUAUGUCAUUCAAGGGAUGAUUUUAUCAAAUAUAGAAUAUACAUGAAAGAUGGAAAUAUUUUUACAAACUAAAGAUUGAAUUUGAUGACGUAAUUUUUCUUUAGGUUGGGGGCAUAAUUAAUUUAAUUGUCUGUCUUUGUAUUUAGCUGUUUUCUUGUCUGACUAGACCUUUUUCUUUGUAUACUUUUAACUAUACUAUUAGAGACUCCAUUUUGUAUUAAAUUGAAGGUAAUAAUUCAGUUUUUAGUUCAAGGUCAGGCUUAUUCAAAUGAAAGGUCAGAAAUGUGACCCUGUAUUGCUAUGGUUAGAUUUAAUUUAUGAGCUCAGUAAAAAAAAAAAACGUGUCCAUUUUUCACAAAUAAAAUCAGGCUUGCAUGCAUCCCUAUCAGCUUUCCUCAUUAGCACAAAAAAGCGUUUACAGAUCUGCAAAUUGCACAUCAACAGCAUUGCAUAAAAGCUGAGAGCGCAUAAUUAACACGUCUGUAAUAUUACUAUAUGCCACGUCAUCUGGUGUCAUUGUCCGUUAAAUUGUACCUUUCGAGUGUUGAACUGUUUCCUAGACAUUUUUAAGACUUGAAAUCUCGUUAUGUAAGAAUCCAGAAAGUUUUUAUUAAAAAAUUCAGUUAUUUUUUUAACUUCCGUCCACUAGUACUAUUCUGAAAAAAACGUCAGCAGUAUUUAAUGCAUAAAGUUUCAAAAUGAAUGAUAUCAUUGUUUCUGGACUGUUUAUUCAAUACCUUAUAUGGUAUGAAAAGAUAAUUUUAUAACAAUGAUCGUUAUUAUCGGCAAGAUACUAUUGGAUGUUUUCAAUUACAUCAUCAUAGAAAUGUGUUAACACUUUGUUUUUGUCUUGUUAUUUCAUGUAUAAAAUGCCUUAACACGUUUUCGUCUUGCUGUUAUAGAGAAUUGUGAGUGUAUAAGUACGUGUAUUGACUGGUUGUCAGUUGUGAAUAAAAGUUGUCGUCAUGAAAA